AUGGCGGCCAUGGAACAGUCUGAAAAACUGUUCCCUAACUCGGCCUUGUUCAAGACAUGGGGGGCAAAUCUCUCUGAGGAUGACCAAAGAGAGGCUCAGAGCCUGUAUGAGAAGUAUGGGUACAAUGUUUAUCUGAGCGAUCGCCUCCCUCUGGAUCGACCUCUUCCAGAUACCAGAGAUCCUCGAUGUCUCGCAAAGAAAUAUGCCAAAGAUCUGCCGAGCAUCAGUGUGAUACUCAUCUACAUAAAUGAGGCCCUGUCUGUCAUUAAGAGAGCAAUACAAAGUAUAAUCACCCACACUCCAAAGAAGCUGCUGAAAGAAAUCAUUCUGGUGGAUGACUACAGCAAUUACAAUGACCUUGGAAAACCCUUACAAGACUACAUAGAUCAAAUUAACAAAGAGAUGCCCGGAUUAUUGAAGAAAGUGAGACAUACGCAACAAAUGGGCUUAUCACAGUCCCGGAUAUCCGGUUGGGAGCAUGCCACAGCUGACGUUGUGGCCAUUUUAGAUGCCCAUAUUGAAGCCACAGAAGGAUGGGCAGAACCUUUGCUGGACAGGAUCAAAGCUGACAGGACUGUUGUAGUGUCCCCUGUUUUUGAUAAGGUCCAUUUUGAUGACCUACACGUGGAAAGAUAUAUCCCAUUUUCUCAUGGCUUUGACUGGGCAAUGUGGUGCACAUACGAGCCCUUUAGCUCUGAGUGGGUAAAGAAGAUGGAUGAAUCACAACCGGGGAAGAGUCCCUCUGUUAUGGGAAUCUUUGCAGCAGACAGAGCUUUUCUUGGAGAAAUUGGUGGGCUGGAUGGUGGGAUGACAGUUUAUGGUGGGGAAAAUGUUGAACUUGGAAUUCGUGUGUGGCUGUGUGGAGGAAGUAUAGAGGUUGUGCCCUGUUCGAGGAUAGCCCACAUCGAGAGGGCCCAUAAACCAUAUGCACCUGAUCUCAGCCCUGCCAUGAGAAGAAAUGCUCUGAGGGUGGCAGAUAUCUGGUUAGAUGAAUACAAGAAAAAUGUAUUUAUCGCGUGGAACAUCCCACUGGAGGAUCACAUGGUCGAUAUUGGUGAUGUGUCUCAGAGGAAGGAGCUCAGAGAGAAGCUUAAAUGUAAACCCUUCAAAUGGUACUUGGAAAAUGUCUACACCAGUCUGUCAACAUGGGAUAACAUGUUGGGUUAUGGUGUGUUACGGAACGACCUUCUUAAGAACCACUGUGUGGACCAAGGAUCUGUUCCUGGAAAUAUCCCCAUCAGCAUGAAUGCCACUUCCAACAACCACAGGUCUGGACACACAGGUACGCCCAUGACCCUGACGCUGCUUGCUGCAGGGCGUACCUGCCGCGAUGGGCGGGUAGCGAUGUUCACACGUCUGCUCAACUAA